AAACAACUUUUCCCCCAAAAUCAUUUUUGUUUGAGAAAUGAAGAUAAAAUCAUAAACCCCUGAAAGUACAGAAAACUUUGUAAAACCCUCUUCUCUAGAAUCGAAAAUGAUGAUGUCCAGUGCAUGUUGUAAUGCACUAACCAAUAACCACCUUCUGUUAUCCCGCUCCGUCACCCUUUCCCCUCAACCUACUGCCCUUCAAUUUCAAUCACCAUCUUCUCUUCUGCUCUCUCCUAUCCGCUCUCCACUUCCCUUCAACCAAUUGCGCUUCCGUCAUUCUCGUCUCUCCGCUUUAUCUGACGACGGUUCUGGUGGUACUGGUGGUGAUGGUGGCUCUGGUGGAUGGAAUUCCGGUGACAAUGAAUCCGAUGAUGGAGGGGGAAAAUGGUCUUUCUUGUCAUGGUAUUUGGCUCUUCUCGCAAAAUACCCUGUUGCUGUAAAGGCUUUAACAUCUGCGAUUUUGACACUAAUUGGUGAUUUGAUUUGCCAGCUUGUGAUAGACAAAGUGCAGACACCGGACUUGAAGAGGACAUUCCUCUUUACCCUGCUUGGUAUCGUGCUAGUUGGUCCUACAUUGCAUUUCUGGUAUUUGUAUCUGAGUAAAUUGGUUACACUUUCCGGAACAUCAGGUGCACUUUUGCGGCUUGUAAUUGAUCAGUUCUUAUUUGCUCCCAUAUUCAUUGGAGUUUUCUUAUCCUCAUUGGUGACACUAGAGGGAAGGCCAUCACAAGCUGUACCUAAGCUUAAACAGGAGUGGUUUUCUGCUGUUCUAGCAAACUGGCAAUUAUGGAUACCUUUUCAAUUCCUCAACUUUAGAUUUGUUCCGCAACAAUUUCAGGUCCUUGCUGCUAAUGUUGUUUCUUUGGUGUGGAAUGUUAUUCUCUCAUUUAAAGCACACAAAGAAGUUCUUCAAAAAUAGGUAAAUGCUAGGAGCUUGGAAGUAGCUGCAGGAGCUGUAUUUAAGUAUUUUUUUGGUUAUGGUAAUAUAGGUGAACAUGAAAACUAGGUGUUGUAUAAUCUUGCAUGUAGAAUUUACAUGCACUUUCGGGGUUAAAAUCUUCCUCCCUGCUGUGCUCCCAAAGAUGCUACAUUCAGUGAUGAGAGAUCAUCAAAUUCAAAGUAAAGUUUUAAAUCUGUA